AACGCGCCUCGUGAGAGCUGCACCCCGGAAACGAAUCUCUAAGCUGCGGAUCCUAAGGGAAGUUUAGCAGAUUCGCCCUGCGAAUGAGCGAAGGAGAAGAGGCCGCUGGACGGCGGGUGUGACCGAUUAGGCGGGCGGGAGCUACAGUGCAUCAUGCGCUUGGUUUCUGGACCCCGGGGUGGAUGCCCUCUAAAUAGCGGGAUUGUCCUGCAAGAUGGAGGAGUUAGCAGUGCUGCCUUUCCUUCCUUUUGACUGUAUAAUUUGAUCGAGUACGACCGGGGCCAGCCCCUGCGCGACACAUCUUUCGACGUCGUCACUAUGGGUUACGGCGGCUCUUUGACCCUUCUGAAUGGGUCUCCGCAUGACUGGACGUUGAGCGGACAGCAUUCUUAUCAAAUGGAUGCCUGGACCUGGCCGACCAUCAGCGCAGGCAAAGCAGCGAGAGUCUACGUCGAAUUCGGCACGAAAGGACACGCUGGGGAUGAUGCUGGGGAAGCGUACUAUAACAUUGCCGACACUGUGAAUCACUUCCAAAUCAAGGGUCGGAAGCCGUCUGAUUAUAUGCUCACGAUAAGUUUGGAUGGCAUGUCGACGAAGCAAAGCCAGCAGGGAGCGAAUAUCGACCUUGGAUUCCGACAUGAUGCCGCGGUCGAUUGGAUCAUGUCCACGGAUGAGGCAGGAGAUUGGUGGUCAAAUAGCGGAAUGACGACCGAUUGGAUGCAACAGGGCAUGGGCUCUCUGGGCAACAGGACGCUCAAGCAGAUUUGUAUGCCCGGCUCGCACGACGCGGGAAUGGGCACGUUCAAGGCAGGGACCGUCGGCGCUCAUUUUGCAAAUAGUCAGACCCAGUAUCUCGACAUAUACGGGCAGCUCAUGGCCGGUUCCCGUUACUUUGACAUCCGUCCCGUCAUCUCCAGCGGGCAAUGGGUGGCGGGGCAUUACAGCGAGGUUGAAAAUGUCUGGCUGGGCGGCAAUGGACAAGCCCUUUCCGAUAUGAUUAAACAGAUCAACGACUUCACGAAGCAGUAUAAGGAGCUCGUUAUUAUCAACCUCUCCCACACGCUAGACACGGAUAACGACUACAAGGACCUCACGCAAGACCAAUGGAACAAGCUUUUCGACACACUCAAAGUCGUCAACAAUCGUUUCACAGUCAACAACCCAGGCAAGGAGGACUUCUCAAACCACGUGCUAGGCGACUUCAUCACCGACGGCGCCUCCGUCUUCAUCGUCGCACAGCUGCCAGGCGGCAUCUCGCUGGGCGACUACGCCAACCAGGGCUUCUUCAACCAGGACAACUUUCCUGUCUACGACUCUUAUUCUAACUCUAACGAUGUAUCGAAUAUGGAGAAGGAUCAACUGGCCAAGCUGAAAACAGAGCGCAACCUGGUCGCCAAUGCCGGACAACGCAAAGACAAGUUCCACCUGCUCUCAUGGACGCUUACGCAGCAAGCGGAGGACGUCCUCAACUUCGACAAGGCAAUUAUGAAUUUAGCGGUUUCGGUCUACGAUGAUCUGUUUGUGAAUGCAUUCAAUUCGUUCACGCCGGAGAGCCUCCCGAACGUGCUGUAUAUCGAUGCGGUUGGUAUAAGGGAUAAAUCGGUGGUGUUUCCUUACGACAAGCCGAGAUCGGUUUCAACGAACUAUGAUAUUGCGAGUCUCGCGAUUGCGGUCAACAAUGCAAUGGCGGGGAGGAACGGCUACAUAACGGGAGGGUAGGACGGUGAGCGGUGGAGGUAACGAGUGUUUCCUUUCGAUACCCAACUUUCAAGCUCGAGCUCAAUUCUCUUGCACCAGAGGCAUGCGAUUUCGGAAAGCCGCGUGUGAUUCCGCUCACCGGGCAGAAGUGGCAGUGUCACCCCUGAGCACCAGGUGCGAUUCCGAGUGCGAUUCCGACGCCGUGCGACGCACCACGCAGCUGAAGA